UCGUUAGUCUUGACUGUUCCGGUGGCGGUGGUGCUGUGUGUACACGGCGCGGAGACGGACCGCCGCCGCCGCCGCCGCCACGGGGAUGGACUUUGGUUUCGAUCUUGGUGGCGGCGGUGGCUCGGCGCGCCGCCGGUGUGCGUCUUUGCGGCAGCGCACGCCAAAGGUGUAACCCUUGCACACACCCCCUUCGCCGGCGCCGCUACCCCUGCACAUCAGUGUCGACCGCCACCACCGUCGCCUUUCGCCCGUCCGAGUGAGUGCGUGCGUGUGCGGUGCCCAUGUGGGCGCGUCCCGCCGCGACCGACUCGUCGCGCCGCGCUCUCCGGGCGAAAACCCCCGAAUAUUGCGGUCAAACGCGCACGCACUCGGGUCUCGCGCUCCGCCGCUUCAUAUAUACCGCGACUGCGACGCGUUGCGUAUACCGGUUACCGGAGCUCCGGUGCCGCGCCGCCGCCGUUUAACCGCGCUCGCUCACACACACACACAUACACACAUACACACACACACACAUACGCUUACAGACUAUAUACAGUAAAAGCAUUUAUAGUUGCGGUGCCGCGUUUGUAUAGUGCGCACGGCGACGUCGUUAGGUAGUGUAGUCGCUCCGGCGACUUAAUACCGUCUUCGCCGACGAUAAUAAUCAUAAUAUCAUAAUUAUUUUUACGAGUAUCGUCCCUAUUACAACACAAUAGUUCCGUUAUUAAUGAUACGACGACGAGAAACGCGGUCUUCAACACGUGGCUUUUUUUUCCGUUAAAUAUUAUUUUAUUAUAUCUUUAUCAUCGCCGCCGUCCGGUGAUCGCAGUGCGUUUCGUAAAUAAUAAAUUAAAUAAAAUAUAAUAUAAUAUACACACGUGUGUAGUAGUACAACAACCGACACGACAGACAACACGGACGAGCGAUUCACGAGCGCGGCGGCGUCGAAGGGACGCGGACGGAAGGAAGCAAAAAAAAAAAGAGCGGGAAACGCGGUCGUAAAAGUAUAAUAAAAAAAAAAAAAACACUACACUACAACCGCGGUAGGUGUACCGCCACUACCACCGCCACCACCACCGCCGCUGCCACCGCUGCCGCCCGUCACUCGCCAGUGCUGUCGAAAGUUUGUUUGUAUUUUUUUUUUCGUUUUUUUUUCGACGGCGCGUCGGUGUUUUUUUCCCCUCCACUACCCGUCGGCCGAUCAACGGCCUUGAAUUGUUCCGCGAUCUAACGCCGCCACGUUUUUAAAUCACUUCGUUGUUGACGGCGACGUGACAAAGAGCCCCGUCCGUUACGUAUUUACCGAGAGCAACGACCGCGGAUUACCGCCGUGGCGGGAUGGUGGUCAAGGGUGCCCAGAUGACUGGCGGCGGCGCCGCCGCUCCCGGUCCCGCGGCCGCCGACGACGGCCUGUCGGACGCGUACGCCAAGAUGACCGCCGACAUACUGGCCGAACGGUCGCUGGGCGAUUUCCUGUCCGAGCACCCGGGCGAGCUGGUGCGCACCGGUAGUCCGUUCCUGGUGUGCACCAUACUGCCCACGCACUGGCGGUCUAACAAGACGCUUCCGGUGGCGUUCAAGGUGGUGGCGCUCGGCGAGGUUCCGGACGGCACGGCCGUGACCAUACGAGCGGGCAACGACGAGAACUUUUGCGCGGAGUUGCGCAACUGCACUGCCCUGAUGAAGAACCAGGUGGCCAAGUUCAACGAUUUGCGGUUCGUCGGCAGGAGCGGCAGAGGCAAGAGUUUUACCCUGACCAUAACUGUGAGCUGUUCGCCCCCACAAGUUACCACUUACAAUAAAGCCAUCAAAGUCACUGUGGAUGGACCUAGAGAACCACGCUCCAAAACACGACAACAGCAACAGUUUCAUGCCUUUGCGUUUGGACAAAGACCGUUCUUAUCAACGCACUUCGCUAAUCCAUUGGAUCCACUGCACAGGACUGCCGAUCCACUUGCUUUCCGCAUGCCAGCCAUGGCAAAUUGUCAAAAUAUGGGCCAGUUCGCUCCUCAUCAUUCAUGGGGAUACUCUCAUUCGACAGCGUACUCGACGUGGCCGGGCGGAGGCGGAUGCACGAACUUCACGCCGCCCGCGCUCACCACUGGCUUCACCGGUACCGUUGCCGCGUCCGAACUUCACACCUCCUUGUCGGCAGGACACCAACACGACUUGUUCGCGACGUGUACCGUCAACGCGCAGACUACAGCCGCCGUGAUGCCACCGUUUGCCGACACGACCGGCGCGACCGUCAACGGUACAGGCGACCUAGAGCACCAGCUACUGCUGUCGUCGUCGGCGACAAACUGUCACCAACAACACGACCGGACCGGAUUUCCGACGGUCAGGGGUUACCAGCAACAGCAAUCGGCCGUCAACGAUCUGCAGACGAUGCAGCCGCCGCCGGCGCCGGACCUGCACCCGUCAACGUCGUCGGGACCCCGGUCGACCGACUCGUCGGCGCCCGACUCGCCGACCGAGCCCGGCGGGUCCGCGGACGAUAUGAUGGCCAUCGGCCACGCGCACGGUUACGACCAGCUAGGCGGCGGCGGUUACCACGGUGGCGGUCACCCGACCACGGGUAUGCAGAUACCGGCGUCGUUGCAACUCUACUCGCAGCUGUACCACGCGUCCGCGACCGGAAACAUGACCAGACACCAUCACCAUCACCAUCACUACCACCAACCCGGCGACGACGGAGGCGGCGGCGGAGACGACGAUCAUCUGCAGGUCGCCGGCGCCACCCAGAGGCCGACCCAACAGGCCGUGGCCGCGGCUGACCACUCGGCCGUCUGGAGACCUUAUUGAGUGGUACAACCAACACGACCGUCCGCGGAUCAGCCUAGCCCAUUUAUUAUAAUACGUAAUAAUAUGUAUGCCUUCCUACAGUAUAUAAUAUUGUCAUUACGAUGUAUUUGAUAUUAUGUAUAAUAUUACGAUAAUAUUAAUAUCGCAGACGAAACCGUUUAGAUUAAAAAUAACUAAAAUAACUACUCGUAAGUCGUAUGUAAUACGUAAGAUAAUAAUAUUAUUAUUGCGAUUAUUAUAAGACUAUUCCUAGAUCAAUAGAUCAUAUUAUUUGUAUUAUUAUUAUUAUUACUAUUAUUAUUAAUAUUAUUAAACAUUAUGUAUACUUAUAUAAUAGGCAUAUUGUGCAAUAUGAUGUUUAUAAAAACCUUGUGAUUCGAGUAAUAUUAUGUAUGAAAUAUACGUUAACGUGCAAUA